CACCAUUAUUCUUUGAGUAUGGAUGGAAUCCAUACGGCCCUAUCGCUAUCUCUUAUAUGUGAAAGACGUAUAGCAAUACGAUCGAGACCUGAAAUCAUAGAGAAUAUAUCCGAAUCUCUACUUACCCCGAAUGAUAUCUCCACCAUUGUAGUUGAUACUAAGGCUAAAUUAGAUGAAGAUCCCGAGUCUUUGAAUGAUAUUUUCGAAAAUGUAUCGGGCCACAGCAUAAUGUUCUGGACCAAUGCCGACAAUUGCUCUACUGCCCAGCAAAAAAUACUCAUUCGGUUAUUGAACGAAUUAGAUCAAUAUGAUACAAAUGAAUCUCGAUGGGCUACUGGCGGCGAACAACAACUCAACAAUCAUCUGGAUAAUGCUCAUGGGAUUAUGUUUUCCACGAGUCUGAUCUUUUCCGUUAUUCUUGUAAUAGAAACCCCUUGUAACGUUAUACAACCACUAAGGUUAAAGUUUUGGUUCUGUCAGUAUGUGCCCAAUAAAUAUAAUUCAGAUGAAUCUAGAGAGAAUUCUAUUAGUCUAGAUGAUACUGAUGAUUACAUCUCAAGUAUCUUACGCCUCAGAUCAAAGAGUGUGUACAUGUCACCAGAAAUUGAACGGUAUAUAUAUUCUCUUGUGAUCCAUGCCAGAAAUCAUCGCCUUUGUCUGAUAGCCCCCAUGCAAAGUCGUCUACCAACAAUGGCCAUCAGUAAUAUCAAUCUUCUUGCUGAGGCCUUGGUGAAAUGGGAGAAUCGAAACAAUGAAAAAUCUAAACUUUACAUUACUCCUGAUAUAUGUAAAGUUGCCAUGAGAAAAGUUGCCUAUUGGUUAGUUAAUUGGCAAAAGAUUGGCGGGCAAUUUACUGAGAUUACAGGAGAACUGUACUCUCAACGAGAGUUUCGUGAACUGCUUGAAUUUGGCCUGCUCUCCGGGGACUGGUUUGGGAGUGAUUGGACCUAUAUCAAAAAGUACAUUGAUGAAUGUGAGAGACAGGAUAGAAAAAUGUAUAAUAGUGUAGUUGAGGAUGUAUUGAAGAAGGUACGUCCUCCAAUUUAG